AUGACUCUUAUACCUACUAGGCCCUCUCUUAACAGUGGCGCUAUAGGACUCCUUGACCCAAAACUCAUCACUGGCAUGAUCAUUCUUCAUGCUGAAAAGCAGUACAACAAGGAUGGAAUGCUCAAAGCGUUCUCGGACACCCCAGAGCCUUUCACCACUGGAUUUGCACCAUUAUCAAAUAUGCUGCGGAACCUAUUUCUCCAAAAGACAUCCCUGUGGCCAAGGUUUCAGGUUACUGUUGCAGAGUCCCUGGAAGGCCAUAGGAAAGCUGAGGUGAUUGAACUCGAGGUCCCAAUGACUGAUAAAAUGAAAGAAAUACAAAACGCAGUAUUAGAAUGCGUGGAAGUUAAUAUAAGAGAACUCAAAAGAUCUAAUACAGGCCUCGAUGUCGGGGACGAUUGGACGGUGGAUAGCGCACUUCAUAAAAAUUUUGAUGUCGCCAUUCGCCGACAGCUGGAUCCGGUAUGGCAUCGUGUCUCUUUUAGAACACGACAGAUUGCCAGCGACUUAACAGUUCUUCGGUCUAUCCUCCAUUCUCUACUGACAUUCGACGCUGUUUCGUUGAAUAAAUAUCUUGACACUGUCAUAAGUGCCCAUUCGGCUCCUGCAGGGUCUACAAAACAAAAUUACUCGCCUUGGCUAUUCCUUGGGGCAGCACAUGUACUUUUUGAUACUGCUAAGUCACGAGUAUACAAAAAGAAGGCCUCAGAGAAGACCACAUCAUCUUCCUCCGAUAUCUUCAAUGGUAUUGAACCCAUCUUGGAAGAGCAACCUAAGUGGGCUGUUCUUGCGGAAGUGUUGCAAGAAAUCGAGCAGGACACAUACUUAAAUCCCGCAGCUCCGGGUUCCUCCAACAAUGCCAUCCUUAUCAUGUGUAGUGAUCAACAAACCUGCCGACAAGUUCGUGAAUACCUUUCCACCAUGCAUAAAAAGGAGAAAUUUUUUGAUAAAAAUGAAGAUGAUGAGGCCGAGAUUAUACCCCACGAAGAUGAACAUCAUCCAUCUGCAGAUACUAUGAUGCGAAGGAAACUCCGAGAAUAUCUAUACUGGAAAAGAAAUCUCUCGAAUGUGAACAACCAUUUAUAUGAUGUAAAGCCAAAAACGAAAGGCAUUGCUGAGGUACCGGGUUUUACGUCUAUCAGCAGCGUCGCUCCUCAAGGUCAUUCUGGGAGAGCGCCCCCGAAUAAAAGACGACGAGUGCGUGGCGGUAGUUCCACUGCUAGCUCUUCUGGAGCUGGAAGACCAGCUCAUGGGAGCGUUCAGGUAGACACUGAGGAUUUUCCUGAGGUAUCAAAUCUUUCAGAGGAGGUUAUACAGCAAGCAAUAUUGGAAGAAGUUCAACACAUCACCCUGGAAGAUGAUCUUCAAGAUAUGGAUAACUACUAUGAGCUUUAUGAUGUGAACGACUUGCUAGUUGUUCACCACUACGAUGGAGAUAUGGAUGAACAUGUCCUCGAGGAACUAAGGCCCAGAUACAUCAUAAUGUAUGAGCCUGAUGCAGCAUUCAUUAGGCGGGUGGAGGUAUAUCGCAGUUCCCAUCAAGAGAGAAAUGUGCGGGUAUACUUCAUGUAUUAUGGUGAGUCAGUGGAAGAGCAGCGAUAUUUGAGUGCCGUUCGCCGCGAGAAGGAUGCUUUUACGAAGCUGAUUCAUGAAAGGGGGACGAUGGCCAUGCAGUUAGUCCACGAUAAGAGCCAUGAAGAUCCCCAAGAGCAAUUCUUACGGACUGUGAACACCCGAAUUGCUGGUGGUGGCCGACUUGCGGGCACGGCGGCACCUCCAACUGUGGUUGUAGAUGUCCGAGAAUUUCGAAGUGCUCUUCCAUCACUACUCCAUGGCCGUAGCAUGGUUGUGGUCCCAUGCCAACUAACAGUGGGCGACUACAUCAUCACCCCGGACAUCUGUGUCGAGCGCAAGUCUGUACGGGAUUUGAUCAGUUCCCUAAAAAACGGACGGUUGUACACACAAGCGGAAACAAUGCUUCAGCACUACUCCCAACCGAUGCUCCUAAUCGAGUUUGAUCAAAACAAGGCGUUCACUUUCGAUGCAUUUACCUCUUCUGCUACUCCAACGUCCUACGUAGCUGAUAAUGCCACUAGCUUUGGCUCCGGCAACAUGAUUAACCCAGCAAACCCUAAAUCAGCACAACAUCUACUAGUAUUACUUACUCUCGCAUUUCCUCGGUUGAAGAUAAUUUGGUCGUCCUCACCCUACCAGACGGCAGAAAUAUUUGCAGAGUUGAAGAAGAAUAACCCAGAGCCUGAUCCUAUAAAGGCGGUUCAGGUCGGACUCAAUUUCAAUAUAUCUGGCUUAGAUACGUCCGAUGGUCAACCUGCGGAUAUGAUGCCUGCUUCCGGGAUAGAGCAUCGAGUGUUCUCCCUCCUACCCCAAGACAUGAUCCGAGCCGUUCCAGGGGUAGAACCAAAGGUUCUCGAGCGUCUUAUUCUAGAGACGAAGAACAUCCAUGAGGUGGCCAACAUGAAAAUUGAGCAACUUGAACCGCUGGUGGGAAAAGAAGCAGCAAGAAAGAUAUUCAAAUUCUUUACUCGGAGCGUAUUCGAUUCCGAGACGGUGUAUGAAUCAUAG